UCUCCCUCCCCCCCCUCUCUCUCUCUCUCUCUCUCUCUCCGUGAGCUUCGAUGGCAGACUCUAUGAUUUCGAUGGACAAGAUCAAGGCUUUCUGGCACUCACAGGUUCACGACGAACAGCAAUGGGCUCAAAACAUGAAACUUUUCCGUGCUGCUGGGCUCUUUGCUGGCUCCAUUCUUCUCAUGCGCAACUUUGGUGAUCUUAUGGCCAUAUAAAGAGAUGGACAAUGGCAGAUCCCCUACACAUGUCAGACACACCUGCAAUUAGUGGAAUUUUCUCUAUCCUUCCUUUGUGGCUUCUCAUCUUUCAAUUCAAUGUUUUAUGGUUUUUAAAGUUCGUUAGGAAAGAUUUCUAUGUAUGACCACAAUUGUCGAUUGGGUGUGCUUGUCUUUUAGAGGACUUAUAUUCGUGGGUUCGGAAGUUGAAUGAUAUACUGUUGUUUCCGAUUGCAUAAUGUCAAUGUUGUGCCUUCUAGUUCUAGAUA